UCGAAAGAACGAAAGGGUUCGUCGUUGCCCGUAAAAAACUAUUUGGCCGCCAAUUAUCAAGUCGACCCCUCUCUCUGCCCGAGUCCGUCCCGCCGCCAAGAAGCCCACCAAUCACAAGAAGAAGAAGAAGAAGAAGAAGAAGAAGAAGAAGAAGAAGAAGAAGAAAACUCGUCCGUAGUCCGAAAAGCCUAG